AUGAAUUACGGUAACAACAACAUGAACGCUGUGGGUUUUAACGAAGGCGAUGAUAAUAGAAGUACGUACGUGAGAAACAACUACAUGUCUAACAUGAAUGAAUCUCCAUCGUACAACAACCAAGGUAACAAAAUGCAGAUGGAAGAAAAUCCUAAUGCACACAUGUUUAACCAAAUGAGAAACAAAAGGGAAGUAAGCAACAACGUCAUGACUGCUGGUGGAAAUGGAAAUCCUGGAAACAGGAAUUUUUACGAAGGCAAUGUGAACAGCGAUGGCUACAUGAUGGGAGACGGUGCUGUGAGAAGUUCAGAAAAUGCCAUGACCGGAGCAGGAUAUGUAAACUACUCAGAGAAUGGCAACAACAGUAACAACAACAACGUCAGUGGAGGAAACCAAGACAGUUAUAAAAAAAAAUUCGGGAAUAACAACUAUCACGAAAAUCCAAAUAACGAGAAGAAUCCCGCGGGGAUGUCUCCACAUCACCAGCAUAAGAAAGGGGGUGUAGGAGGUGGUGGCGGAAAUUUCAUGGAUAGAGGUAACAUGAAUAAAAGUAAAAUCGAAAACGGAAUGAUCUCUAGCAAUGUACGAACGAACAGCUCGAACGACCCAAGUAACGACAACAACAACAAUAAUAAUAACAAUAACAGCGGUAAUAAUAACAAUAGCUACAAUUAUGAGAAGCCAAGAUAUAAGCCGCCCAUGCUUCGAAAUCAGCCAAACACAAAUAGAAGCAACUUUGGAAGAAUGAAUUAUAACAGGGGAUCAGGUGGAGGAAAUCCAGCAUUCGGAAGGAAUUUUAAUAUCCCCAAAACUGCUUGGGCAAAUAGAGAUAAUAGAAGAUAUUACCCAGAAAAGGAAGAAGAAGUAUAUUCCAAUGUGAAGAAUGAAAAGGGUGUCAAUUUCGAUCUGUACGAUAGCAUCCCUGUGGAAAUCAAGGGAUACAAUAGCGAGAAUAUUAUUCCAAUAGAUAAUUUCGAUGACGUAGGAUUAAAUUUGCAUGAGAUAUUGUUAUCCAACAUUAAGAGAGUAAAUUACGACAAAACAACCCCGAUACAGAAAUACAGUUUAAGUAUCAUUAUGAACAAAAAUGAUUUAAUUGGGGUUGCCCAGACAGGUAGUGGAAAAACCGCAGGAUAUCUUUUACCCAUCAUUAAUCAUAUGUUAUUAAAUGAUCCACCCAAACAUACUUUCUAUGAGGAAAAUCAAAGAAGCUCUAGCUAUUAUUAUAACAGAGUUUGUUUGCCUAUAUGUUUAAUUCUGGCUCCCACAAGAGAAUUAGCAGUGCAAAUUUUUUAUGACUCCAAAAAGUUUUGCUUCGAAACGGGAAUUAAGCCAGUGGUUCUGUACGGAGGUAGCAAUAUCAAAAUGCAGCUAUCAAACUUGGACAAAGGGGCAGACAUAAUAGUUGCAACUCCAGGAAGAUUAAAUGACAUUUUAGAGAAGGGAAAAAUUAGACUCUUCCUCACAUCCUUCUUAGUUUUAGAUGAAGCAGAUAGAAUGUUGGACAUGGGAUUUUCACCACAGAUAAGAAGCAUAAUGUAUGAUUAUGACAUGCCAGGAAAUGAUAAUGACUCACGUAUGAACCCAAACAAAAUGGAAUACAAAAAAUACACCAACGAUAUAGUAAAAAGACAAACCAUCAUGUUUAGUGCCACGUUUAGGAAAGAAAUACAAGUACUAGCUAAAGAAUAUUUAUACAAUUAUACCUUUUUAUUAAUCGGAAAAGUUGGAAGUACAAAUGAAUAUAUCAAGCAAAAUUUGAUAUACAUAGAGGAAGAAAACAAAUGUAACUAUUUACUAAAAUUGUUAUCAGAAAAUAACAACGGGUUAACCAUCAUUUUUGUGGAAACAAAGAGAAAGGCCGACAUCCUCGAACGAUUCCUCAACAACCAAAAGUUAAAUGCCGUAUGUAUACAUGGUGACAAGAGCCAAGACGAAAGAGAGAGAGCAUUAAAAUUAUUCAAAAGGGGAAUCAAAAAUAUGUUAGUAGCAACAGAUGUAGCUGCUAGAGGUCUGGAUAUAUCAAACAUUAAACAUGUCAUUAAUUUUGACUUACCCAGCAAUAUAGACGAUUAUAUUCAUAGAAUAGGCAGAACAGGUAGAGCAGGAAAUAUAGGUAUUGCUACAUCCUUUGUCAAUGAUGACAACAGGAACAUAUUUAAAGAUUUGUUAGCAACGUUGGAAGAAUGUAACCAGGCCAUACCACGCUGGUUUCUCAAUUUGGUCAUGAGGUACACAGCAAGUGCGAAAUCGAAUCGAACUUUCAGAUACAAUAAGUCCAGUAAAGGAGGUAGGGGCAACUACUCUAGGUUUAACAACAAUAGUAACUUUGGAUUUAGCCAAGGUAAUAGCGGUAUGAACAAUAACUACAGUGGAAGCGGCAACAACCCUUUUAACAAUAACUCGUACAACGAACACUCCCCAUUCAGUAACAACCACCCAUACAAUAAUAACAACAGCGGGUUCUCCAGCAGCCCCUUCAAUAACAACAGUAACAUGUAUGGACACAGCGGCUAUAACAACAAUGGUGGAGGCAGCCCCUACGGAAACAACUCUGGAGACAUUAACCCAUUCAAUAGCAACAGCAAGUUUAACAACAACUACGGGAAUAAGAAGUUUGACGACCAGCGAUUCCAGAGGUCGAAUUUUCAAGGCGCCGACGAGAAUGUAGACGGAUGGUAA